GGGAGAGUGUGUGAGACUCUGCACGUAGCUCAGCGGAAUCCCCACCGCCAGAAGGCGAGAAGAAGAGCGGUGCAGCCUCUCGGAUAAAGCCCAGCUGCACACCACAAGCAUCGUAAACACAGAAGAGUUCUCCAUCCAUGCUGAGCUCCUCAUCUCAUCUCAUCUCAUCAGCAUCACUAGAGCAACAUCUGGAUCGAUUCACUGUUUCUCUGCGCGCGGUGACAGCCUGAAAGGAUGGCUUUGUGUUGGUUCCUGUUGAGUUUCCUCUUCCAUUCCCUGUAUGCCCACAGUGACUUCUUCACUUCUAUAGGUCAGAUGACAGACCUACUGUACACAGAGAAGGACCUGGUGACAUCACUAAAAGAAUACAUCAGACAAGAGGAGAAUAGACUAGAGCAGGUCAAAGAGUGGGCAGACAAACUGGACUCACUGACAAUCACAGCCACGCAGGACCCUGAGGGAUUCCUGGGGCACCCGGUCAAUGCCUUUAAGCUGAUGAAACGACUCAACAGUGAGUGGGCUGAUCUGGAGAGCCUGGUGCUGAAAGACACCACCAAUGGGUUUAUCUCCAAUCUGACCGUCCAGAGACAGUUUUUCCCAACAGACGAGGACCAGACAGGAGCAGCCAAAGCUUUGCUUAGAUUACAGGACACAUACCAGCUGUCUGCCAACACCAUCUCUAAUGGAGACCUGCCUGGUGUUGUGCACAAGAGCCGGAUGACAGUGGCAGACUGCUUUGAGCUGGGAAAGAUUGCUUACUCUGAGGCAGAUUAUUAUCACACAGAGCUCUGGAUGGCUCAGGCCCUCACACAGCUGGAUGAAGGGGAAGAAUCCACCAUAGACAAGGUCUCAGUCAUGGACUACCUAAAUUAUGCCAUCUACCAGCAGGGGGAACUAGAGCGAGCCCUCGAGCUCACCAAGAGGAUGCUGAAACUGGACCCGAAUCACCAGAGGGCCAAUGGGAACCUAAAGUACUUUGAGUUCCAGCUAGAGAAGCAGAGAAAGGCAGAGGCAGAGAAGAAGGAACAGGAAGAUAAAAAAAGAGAGAAGAAAGUGCUGGACAAACGUGACUCUCAGAGGAAUCGGUCCAAAGACCCUCUGCCAGAGAGGAAGAAAUAUAGUUGUCAUGUGCUAAAGCGAGCCACUGUGCACGAUCCCAUUACGGGAAAACUGACCACUGCCCAUUACAGAGUCUCCAAGAUUGCUUGGCUGUUUGGAUAUGAGCAUUCUACGAUUGAAAAGAUUAACCAGCGUAUCGAGGAUAUAACCGGCCUGGAAAUGGACACAGCAGAAGAGCUGCAGGUUGCAAAUUAUGGAGUUGGCGGUCAAUAUGAACCUCAUUUUGACUUUGGAAGAAAAGAUGAACCAGAUGCCUUUAAAGAACUUGGAACAGGAAACAGAAUUGCCACUUGGCUCUUUUAUAUGAGUGAUGUGUCAGCAGGCGGCGCUACAGUCUUCCCAGAUGUUGGAGCAGCAGUAUGGCCUAAAAAGGGUACAGCAGUGUUCUGGUAUAACCUUUUUGCCAGUGGAGAAGGAGACUACAGCACAAGACAUGCUGCCUGUCCAGUAUUAGUAGGCAACAAAUGGGUAUCAAACAAAUGGAUACAUGAACGAGGUCAAGAAUUCAGACGACCCUGUGAAAUGUCAGAGAAUGAAUGACAAAUUCCUUUCUUCUUUUAUUUCCUGUUUAGUGUCAUGGUGUCAGUUUUGGUCAGUAUGGGAUGAGUGUCUGUACAAGGAGUGAAUAACUGUGCAUCAGUCUAUGCAGUCUUCUAUUGACGUGCCCUUCUACCCAAAUAUUAGACUCAGAAAUGUUGUGAGGUUUUUGGGCAGCACAUACCGUGAAUGUAAGCACCAUGAAUAUGCAGAGAUCCAACCGAAUGAUUUAUUUUAGUUUAUUUAUUAAGAAUUGAUUUUUAACUUCUGUCUUGUCUUAAACUCCAACAGACCUCUAUUUUUUGAGAAGUUACUUAAGUCUUUCAUUUAAACCACUGAACACUCCAUAAACCUUAGUGUAAUUGUUACAGGGAACACAGCAAACUGCAAGACCAACCUUUUAAGACCAAAAGAUCUGUUACAAAAAUAUGUUUUACGAAUCCCUGAAACACCUACAAAAGUACCCAAGAGUAUUUUCUUCAUUCCUGAGGCCAAUGCGAAAAACGUUCAUUUGUAUUUGUUCUCUUUUGUUGUUGUUGUUGUUGUUGUACUUGUGCGUAUGGACGUGUGAUAGUUUUCUACAGAAAUAAAUUCUAUGCUCUCA